UGGUGGUGGUGGUGGUGAUGGCAGUGUUGAUGGUGGUGGUGGUGAUGAUAGUGUUAGACCCUCAGCAGUGAUUGGGGUCAGCCGCCAUGUCCACUCCACCAAUUCCACCUCCAUUGACAUCGGCAGCGGCAGUGAUAGACAUAAGAAGAGGAGGAAGAACAAGAGGAGGAGGAGGAGGAGGAUGAAGGGGACACACAGGAAUCAAAUGAUACUGCCAGAAGAAGAAGAGGAGGAGGAAGAGGAUACAGAGGAAUCAGUUGACACUACCAAACGAAGAAGAGGAGGAGGAGGAGGAGGAAGAAGACGAGGAACACAGGAGGAACCCAUUGACACUACCAAACGAAGAAGAGGAGGAGGAGGAGGAAGAAGAAGACGAGGAACACAGGAGGAGCCCAUUGAGACAAGAAGAAGAAGAAGAGGAAGAAGAGGAAGAGGAAGACUGACAGACAGACAUUCCAUUGAGACAAGAAGAAGAAGAAGAGGAAGAGGAAGACUGACAGACAGACAUUCCAUUGAGACAAGAAGAAGAAGAAGAGGAAGAGGAAGACUGACAGACAGACAUUCCAUUGAGUGUGCGGUGUCCACGAGCAGGGACUGUUCUAACACAGCCAACCAGCGCACUACCUCACACUACCACUGCUCUCUCAACACUGACAGCUAG